AUGAAUAUCGGUGCUCUUGUGGCGCCCAAUGGCAGCAGCGACCGGGCCGACUCGCCGCUGUCCUCCGAGCUCGAAGUAACGCACCAUGCGCACCAGUCCGAUGACCUCGACAUGGACAUCGAUGCGGAAGGCGAGGGCGAUGCCGAGGGCGAUGGCGAAGACAUGGACGCCGAUGCCGAGGGAGAGCUGGAAGAAGACAACUACGAGGAGCAACGUGCAGAAGAACGCGAGUCAAGCGACGAAGACGCCGUCGACGAUCCUGGCUACGAUCCCAAACCCCGUCGCAAGCAGCCCGCGACCAAGCCAAAGCGCAAAAAGGCCAAGUCAAAGACCACAUCACCCAGCACAUCCUACCCCCAGUCCCCCAUGUCCGACUCGGAUUAUGCAACAAACACAAAAAAGAAACCAAAGAAACCAAGGUCGACUCCCACAUCCCGCCGUGCUGCUGCCGCCAACCGUCCCAACUACCGAGACGAAGAUCGCCCCGAAUGGAUGGAAGACUCCGAUGCCGAUGAUCAAGACAAUACCUCAGCUCAGGCUGAGCAAUACGAUAAUGAAGACGAGAUUGAAAUGGUGCUCGGUCAUUCGCGCGACGAAGAAUACAAGGACGAUCCCGAGGAUAGGCCAACAGCCAACAUGCGCUUCCAUAUCAAGUGGAAAGGCUUCUCCCACCUCCACAACACCGAAGAGGCCUAUGAGUUUCUCAAGCGCUACAAGGGCCUCAAGCGCGUUGACAACUACAUCAGGAAUGUCUGGGCUCGUGACAAUGCCUUCCAGGCCCGUCGCGCUGCUGGAGAGCUCUCUCCCGAGGAAGUCGAAGCCUACCAACUCGAAAAGGAACGCGUCAAGGAUAAUCUUGAACAGUGUCGCACAGUCGAGCGUAUUGUCACGUCCCGUCUACGCAUGACUGACGAGGGCGAAACAACCGACUACUUUGUCAAAUGGAAAGGUGGUCUCACUUAUGAGCAUUGCACCUGGGAGUUGCAAGCCGAUGUCGUUCGUAUUGCCUCGCCCGAGAUCAAAGCAUACGAAGAGCGCGAGGCCUCGGGUCUUUUCCCCUAUCGCUCUCAACCCUACCCCAAAGAUCGCCGCCCAAAGCCCGUCGUACUCCGCGAGGAUCCCGAAUAUAUCAAGAAACUCGGCGGCGAACUCAAGGAUUUCCAACUUACCGGCCUCAACUGGCUCGCAUACAUUUGGAGCAACGGCAUUAAUGGAAUUCUAGCCGACGAAAUGGGUCUUGGAAAAACUGUACAAUCCGUUUCAUUCCUGUCUUAUCUUGUCCACAGCCAGCAGCAGUAUGGCCCCUUUUUGGUCGUCGUCCCCCUCUCGACUCUUCCCGCUUGGCAGAUGCAGUUCAAGACAUGGGCUCCGGACCUCAACGUAAUCUGCUACGUUGGUUCAGGCGUAGCUCGUCGUGUAAUUCGUGACUUUGAAUUCGGCCCGCCGAAAAAGCUCAAGAUGAACGUGCUGCUUACCACAUACGAGUACAUUCUCAAGGACAAGAGCGAACUUGGAACAAUCAAGUGGCAGGCAUUGAUGGUUGACGAGGCCCAUCGUUUGAAAAAUAGCGACAGUCAAUUAUACGAGGCGCUCAUGUCCUUUUCGAGUGCGUUUAAAGUGUUGAUCACUGGUACACCACUCCAGAACAAUGUCAAAGAACUGCUUGCCCUCAUGCAUUUCUUGAUGCCCGAAAAGUUCCCGCUCGCUGGAAACGAGUUUGAACUUACGGACGCAAACAACGAGGGCAAGAUCAAGGACUUGCACGAUAAGCUCGAGCACAUGAUGCUUCGCCGCCUCAAGAAAGAUGUCAUCAAGAGCCUGCCGACCAAGAGCGAGCGAAUACUAAGAGUCGAGAUGAGCGCCAUGCAAACCCACUACUACAAGAAUAUCUUGACCAAGAACUUUGCUGCGCUGAACAAGACGGCGACAGGUGAAAAUGCACGGGUCAGCCUGCUUAACAUUGCCAUGGAGUGCAAAAAAGCCGCAAAUCACCCGUUCUUAUUCGAUGGUGCCGAGGUCACCAAGGACUCCCCGGAAGAGCAGCUCAAGGGUUUGGUGAUGAACAGCGGCAAGAUGGUCCUGCUCGACAAGCUCCUCAGUCGACUAAAACAAGAUGGCCACCGAGUGCUGAUCUUCUCGCAAAUGGUUCGGCUCUUGGAUAUCCUCUCGGACUAUAUGAAUCUGCGUGGGUAUCUCCACCAGCGACUGGACGGGACCGUCGCGUCCGACGUGCGCAAACGCAGUAUCGAACAUUUCAACGCACCCAACUCCCCCGAUUUUGCGUUCCUGUUGAGUACGCGUGCAGGUGGUUUGGGGAUUAACCUCGAAACAGCCGACACGGUUAUUAUCUUUGAUAGCGACUGGAACCCGCAAAACGACCUACAGGCCAUGGCGCGUGCACACCGUAUCGGACAAAAGUCCCACGUAAGCGUGUAUCGGUUCGUGAGCAAGGGCACGGUCGAAGAGGACGUUUUGGAACGUGCAAAGAGAAAGAUGGUGCUCGAGUAUGCCAUUAUCAACCAACUCGAUACAACUCAAUCGCAUCUCGGUCCCAAACCGUCCGCUGCCAAAGCCGAUUUUAGCAAAGAGGAACUGAGUGCCAUUCUUAAAUUCGGUGCACAAAAUAUGUUCAAGGCCGACGAGUCCCAGUUGAACAAGCAGCUCGAUGAAAUGGAUCUUGAUGAUAUCCUUAAUCAUGCCGAGGCCCACGAGACUGUUUCGGAGGCGGCGAGGCUGCCCUGGGACGACAUCAUCCCCCUCGAAGAACGCGAGCGAUUCGAACAAGAGGAAGCCGAGCAAGUCGAAGCCGAGGCACUCGUACAAGCUGCCCAAGGCAAGAAACGUGCGGCUGCCCAAGUCCAGCCCGGUGCGUACGAGGGAAUGGAUGUUGUUGAGACUCCGACAACCGCGGGCGGUCAGAAAAAGGCCAAGGCCAAUGCGGGUCUACCGCGCAAAACAGCCGCGCAACGCUCCAUGGAACUCAAGGAACGAGAUCUGCGCGUGCUAGUGCGGAGUUUACAGCGUUGGGGUGACAUUCGACUACGGUUUGCUGAGAUUGUCAAGGAGGCUCGUUUGGAGGAUAAGAAUCCUGGAGUGGUCAUCAACAUUUGUGAUGAAAUUCUGGAUUUGUGCGAGCGUGCACUCGCAGAGCACCGCGAACAAACCCGGAUCAAGGCGUCACAAGGACAACCAGUUGGGGCCGCGUCCAAGAGCAAGGCCGUGCUCGUGACGUUUAGAUCCGUAGCCAAUAUCAAUGCCGAAACCGUCGUUUCGCGUUUCCACGACUUGCGCAUCUUGGACGAGUACAUUUCUCGCGCGGAAGACCACUAUGCAUGGGUGCUCCCUGUAGAGAAUAUUCGACCGACUCUCAACUGGUCUGGAAAGUGGGGUCCUGAGCACGACGCUGCUCUUCUCAUUGGCGCGUGGAAGCAUGGGUUCGGCAACUGGGAGAAAAUUCAAGACGACCCCAGCUUGGUCUUAGUGGGAAGUUCUUCUUGGAAGAAGGCAAAAAGGGCGAAGAGACUGGCGCAAGCAAGCCCAUCCCCAACGCCAUCCACCUUGUACGCCGAGGCGAUUACUUGCUUGGGAUCCUACGCGAACACGAUGAAAGAUCAAGUCGUACCAAUCGAGUCUUUCAAAGCGCAAAGAUCCUCGGCCAGUGACUUCGCAUUCCAUGUCGCCAGCGCCAAGUUUGGGCGCUCCCGCCAAGCGGCGCAUGAGCCCAAUACCCUCGCACCACGACAUCGGCGUGACGAAUGCCCCUCGAUGGAUGAGGCACAAACCAAGGAAGAACUACGGCCGGUCAAGAAGCAGCUCAAACUGCUCAAAGGAACUACCGAUAGCCUUUCCCGCGAAGAAAAGGUUACGCAUUUGAAAGAUUCACUCGCGGCAAUUGGAUCCCGUAUCGAGACUGUUGUUGCCGAACAUGCGGCACGAGGUGAAAACGCAGAGAAGUGGAGAAAGCACUUGUGGAUCUUUGUCACAUACUUCUGGCCCCGCGACGUCAAGGCGCGUAAGCUGCAGGCUAUUCACCAAAAGAUUACCGGCGCAGCGGCACCUGCCCCCUCGCCCAAGGCAGCCCCUUCAGCCAACGGCAGCAAGUCCGGGGGCAAAUCUAACGGAAGCAAUAACCACUUUUCGACACCUCCGGCUCGAGCGGCCUCCACCAGUCGUGCGAAUGGAAAUAGCUCACGUCAUUACUGA